CACAUUACCAUUACUAGCAGCAACACCCAUUUUUUCAUUCAUUCUCAUCAAUACCCUACCCUCUCACUCUCAUCCUCACCCCCACCCCCACCCCAAACCAAACCUCCAUAAUUUACCCCUCAAACUCUUUACUUCUCAGAUUCAACUCAACAAUGCACUCUUCUUCUCCAUCUCAUCAACCACACUCUCUUUUUCUUCUCCUUCACUCAGUUCUCACAUGAAUCACCACCACCAUAACAACCAUGUACCACACAACACUUCUUCUCUUUCUCUUCCUCCUUUCACCUUCCUUAGUCCUCACAACAACCAACCCAGACGACCUUAAAAUCCUCAACGACUUCAAAGACAACCUAGACAACCCAGACAUCCUACAAUGGCCCAAAAACAACAACGACCCAUGUGGUCCACCUGCUUGGAAAUUCAUCUUCUGCGACGGUGAUAGAGUUUCACAGAUUCAAACCAAAAACUUGAACCUUUCUGGAACUUUACCUCAAAAUCUCAACCAACUAACCCAUCUCUUCAACUUGGGUCUUCAAAACAACAAACUUAAAGGUCCUUUACCGUCGCUAAAAGGGUUAUCUAAUCUCAAAUACGCUUUUCUUGAUAACAAUGAAUUCGAUUCCAUUCCUAUGGAUUCCUUUCAAGGGUUAACCAGUUUAGACACUCUUGCAUUAGAUAACAAUAAUCUCAAUGCUUCUAACAAUGGUUGGAAUUUUCCUUCUUCUUUGCAGGAUUCAACUCAGUUAAGAGAUUUAUCUUGUAUCAGUUGUAAUUUGGUUGGCCCUUUACCUGAUUUUCUUGGAAGAAUGAAUUCUUUGGUAAAUUUGAAGCUUUCUGGUAACAGUUUAACCGGUGAGAUUCCAAAGACUCUUAACAAUUCAGGGUUGCAAAUGCUGUGGUUGAAUAACCAGAAAGGUGAGUUGUUAUCUGGAAGUAUUGAUAUUGUUGCUACUAUGGUUUCUCUUACUAGUUUAUGGCUUCAUGGUAACCGGUUCACUGGUUCGAUUCCGGAGAAUAUUGGCGACUUGGUUUCUCUUAAAGAUCUUAAUCUUAAUGGAAAUGAGCUUGUUGGACUUGUUCCUAGUUCUUUAGGUGAUAUGGAAUUGGAUAAGCUUGAUUUGAAUAAUAACCGGUUUAUGGGUCCGAUACCAAAGUUUAAAGCUUCUAAGGUGUCUUAUAGUAACAAUGAUUUUUGUUUAAAUGAAACUGGUGUUCCUUGUUCUUUUGAAGUUAUGGCUCUUUUAGGGUUUCUUGGUGGGUUGAAUUAUCCUUCGAAUUUGGUAGAUUCAUGGAGUGGGAAUAACCCUUGUUUAACUUGGUUGGGGAUUAAAUGCAAUGCUGAUGGUAAAGUUUCUUUGAUUAAUAUGCAACAUUUUAAUCUUAGUGGUACUUUAAGUCCUUCUGUUGCGAAUUUAGGUUCUUUAGUUCAAAUUAAAUUGGGAGGUAAUCAUCUCAAUGGCGUUGUACCUAGUAACUGGACUAGCUUGAGGAAUCUGAAUUUGUUGGAUCUGAGUGACAACAAUAUUUCACCUCCUUUGCCGGUUUUUAGUAAUGGAUUGAAACCUAUGGUUGAUGGGAAUUCUCUGUUGAAUGGUGGAACCGAAGGUCCUUCCCCAGGUAAAAACAGUCCAUCAGGUGGAUCUGGGAACACUGGUGAAGAUAUGAAGGGAGGCUCAAAUUCAAGUCCAAGUGAUUCGGUUGAAACGAAAAAAUCAAAAAAGAAAAGCUUGGUUUUGAUCGUAGCUCCUAUUGCUGGUGUGGCGGUUGCUGCUUUUCUGUUGAUACCGCUUUAUGCGUAUUGUUUCAGGAGGACAAAGGAUGGUUUCCAAGCUCCAAGUUCACUCGUAGUUCACCCUAGAGACCCGUCUGAUACGGACAGUACCAUAAAGAUAGCUAUUGCUAAUAAUACCAAUGGAACAGGGAGUGGGACUGGGAGUAGAAGCAGCAGUGCAAUCGGGGACUCUCAUACCAUUGAAGCCGGAAAUCUUGUGAUAUCAGUUCAAGUUCUAAGAAACGUGACCAAGAAUUUCGCCCCUGAGAAUGAGCUCGGCCGCGGUGGGUUUGGAGUUGUUUAUAAGGGAGAGUUGGAUGAUGGAACUAAGAUUGCCGUAAAAAGAAUGGAAGCAGGUGUGAUAACCAAUAAAGCCUUGGAUGAGUUUCAGGCUGAAAUUGCAGUUCUGUCAAAAGUUCGACAUCGGCAUCUAGUGGGCCUUAUAGGUUAUUCUAUUGAAGGCAAUGAGAGGAUUCUAGUGUAUGAGUAUAUGCCACAAGGUGCUCUCAGUCAGCAUCUUUUUCAUUGGAAGAGCUUUGGACUCGAGCCUCUCUCUUGGAAGAGGAGGCUUAAUAUUGCCUUGGAUGUUGCUAGAGGAAUGGAGUAUCUUCAUACUCUAGCUCAUCAGAGCUUCAUUCAUAGAGAUCUUAAGUCCUCAAACAUUUUGCUUGCCGAUGAUUUUAGAGCUAAAGUCUCAGAUUUUGGAUUGGUAAAACUUGCUCCUAAUGGUGAAAAAUCUGUAGUGACCAAGCUUGCUGGAACCUUUGGAUACUUGGCUCCAGAAUAUGCAGUGACAGGAAAAAUCACUACCAAAGUAGAUGUUUUCAGUUUUGGGGUUGUGCUAAUGGAGCUGUUGUCUGGAAUGAUGGCACUUGAUGAGAGCAGACCUGAGGAAAGCCAAUACUUGGCAGCAUGGUUCUGGAAUAUAAAAUCAGAUAAGAAGAAACUAAUGGCUGCUAUUGACCCAACCCUCGACAUAAAUGAAGAAACAUUCGAAAGUGUCUCAAUUAUUGCUGAGCUAGCUGGACACUGCACGGCCAGAGAACCAAACCAAAGGCCAGAAAUGGGUCAUGCUGUCAAUGUUCUCGCACCACUCGUUGAAAAAUGGAAACCGUUUGAUGAUGACCCCGAUGAGUAUUCCGGCAUCGAUUAUAGUCUUCCCCUUACCCAAAUGGUCAAGGGAUGGCAAGAGGCUGAGGGAAAGGACACAAGUUAUAUGGACCUAGAAGACAGUAAGAGCAGUAUCCCUGCAAGACCUACUGGAUUUGCAGAUUCUUUUACUUCGGCCGAUGGCCGGUGAAACAAAUGGUUUGUUGCUGUGUUGAGUGUUUCUAUUUAUUUAUUUUUCCUUUCACCUUCUUUUUAUCUUUCAUUAGGUGUAGAUAAGCAUGCUUUGCUCUUUCUGUCUAAAAAUGCCAAGGCAAAAUGUGAGUACCAGUGGUGUAAUAGUGGUUGAGUAAGAUUUCAUAUGCACUUGAAAUCUCGUGUGUAUGCUUUGUAUUUUCAACUAUGUCUACAUUUAAGUGUUGAUGGUUGUAGAUAGUAGAGCCACAAUCAAUGAGAAUGCUUGUAAUUUGUUCAUUCAUUUAUGCCUCAAAGUUCAUUGCCAUA